UGAUUGUCUCCGCAUCGUGUUCGUUGCACCGUCAUCAGGGCACCUCUGCACCUGCCAUCACAUCCACACCAGCAAGUCAUCUUGCCCAGUAUGGCCAGCACAGGCUCGCUCUACAACCACUCACGCAUCACGCGCCAGAUGCUGCGCAGGCAUCGUCGCAGCCCUGCCUCCUUCUAUCUACAUCUCCAUCCGGCCUGGAUCCGCUUCGAAGACGCCAAGGGGAGGCUGAUCCUCGAGGAACCCAUCACUGCUCCUGUAGCAGGGCCUUCAAGGCUGGCUGGGCAGGACGGAGGACUCACACUGACGCCGGGUAAGGAGCUGCUCAGGUGCAUCCGGGAUCAACAGCUGCCCAACUAUAUGCUCGAUCUGUUGGAUGCGAGGCGGAUACCAUUCUACGAGGGCUGCCUAAUUGUUGAGAUCAAAGACCAUCGUCAAGGUCCUGCCCCUGGCCAGUCUGGCACCGUCGAACAAUCUGGCGCAGGUCCCGCCGUCGACCCCAAAUCGCUGGCAGCUCGACUCGAGGGCGGACAUUACGGUGAAGGACCGGCCUUUCUGGCCGCAAAGAAGGCGCGACAGGAUGCGGCGGGAGGCAGUGCAGCAGCGACCUCAACACUGUCCCGUGGGCCCGAGACAUAUCGUGUUGUGCUCCACCCAACGGAGGAGACGCUCUGGACCGAGCUGCGGACGCUCAAUGACAAGCUCAGUGGUGGGACAUGGUCCGAGGAGGAAGGGCUAGAGAUUGAAAGCAAGAUUCUCAAUCUCACCUCGCCGCCACUCUGCCUCACGCCGGAUCCCCACGCAACACGCAUCGCCAACGUCAUGCUCGCAACGACGGCGCCUCCUUCACGCUAUGCACCCGUACGACCAAUGCCACAUCAGAAGACGCUUCCCCCCCUAGAGCCACGCAAGGCUACGACCAUCAGCGAGUCAGCGGAUGAUGAGGAAGCGCAGCGUGAGCUGGCAGAGAAGGCUAAGCGCGAGGCAGUGAUGCGAAUGAUGACUGGUAGCUGGCGCAUGUAUGCGAAGGACAAGAAGAAUACCGCGAGGACCGCUCAAGCGCAGCUGCCCAAUAGCGCUGCUGGCGGCGAGAGGCCAUUCACACCCACAUUCUCGCGCUUGACGUUCAUUGAGAAGUACCGGGCAAAGGCGAACGGGGCAGCGCAGAGUGAGGCAGAGGUCGGGGAGCGUACACAGGACUCGGGCGCUACCAAUCGUGGGGAGCCCUCUGCGAGCGGUGCUGCUGGAAAGAAGGCGUCUGCGGCGACAUCCAAAAAGCGCAAGAAGCAGGAGGAGUCAGCAACGCCAGGAGCGGAGGAUGCAGCGCCAGCGCCUAAGGGUAAGAAGAAGAAAACAACAGCGGCCGCCUCAGCGACAGCGACAACGCCCGCCGCAGCUAGUCCGGAGCCCAAGGGCAAAGGAGCGAAGGCCGAUUCGCCCAAGCCUGCUGCGGCGGCGAAGGGCAAAGCAGCGCCGAAGAAGAAGGGCACGAAAAAGGGAACGGCAGACGAUGCCACAUCGGACGCUGCUCCUACGCCUGCGGCAGAGUCUACGGCGGAUACGUCGGUUGGGGGAAAGGCGGGCAAGAAGGCGCCCACCCCAGCGAAGAAGACGCCUGCGAAGGGCAAGAAGGCCCAGCAGCAGCAGCAGCAGCAGCAGCAGCAGCAGGCGAAUAGCCGCCAGAGCACCGCCACUCCUGCCCUGCACGCGGCUCAACUCCCAGCUUCCUCCCCACCACGACACGGCGUCAAUGCCGCAUCGCCUUUUGCUGCAGGAGCCGGCAUCGCCACGCCCUCCCCAGCCAUGUCCCACGCCGCGCCUUCCAAUGGAGGAGGCAACUUUGCGCCCAAUCUCCCCUUUGGCGUCCCGCAGCAUCAUCAGCAACACCAGCAACAGCAGGCGGCGGCUGCCGCGCAGCUUGCGGCGCAUUUCAAUCUGCCAUUGGGUGUCGGAAUGCCGCCUGGUAUGGUCGGGCAGACUCAGGGCCAGCAAGGCCAGCAGCCGGGAGGAGGAAUGGGUCUGCCGUUUGCGACGCCUCCGCAGCAAGCUCAAGGGGGCGGGCAGCAGAUGGGCAAUAUGAUGGGUGGAGGAGGAGCUGCGAUGAAUCAGCUCGCGGCUUUGAUGGGCAGUCAAAUGGCCAAUAAUAACAAUAACAACGUCAACGCUGGAGGAGUAGGAGGGGCAAGCUUCGGCGGUCUGGCUGGGAACAAUGCUCAUACGGCAGCUCAAGUCGCCCAGCAGCUUCAGCAGCAUCCCAAUUUCAGCCAGCUUCCACCGGCCGUGCAGCACCAAGUCAUGCAGUGGCAGCAGAGGCAGCAGCAGCAGGGCCAAGGUGGGGGACAAGGAGGAGGUGGUGCGCAGGGAGGUGGAGGAGGAGGAAUGCUUCCCCCGGGAUGGCCUAUGGCGCAGAGGUAAUGUGAAGCUUAAUAAGAAGGAUGAUGUUUCAGGAAGUUGUGAGAUAGUCGCAAUGUCAUUGAGCUUGAAUAGCUGUAU